CGCACUAUAUAAAGAAAUUAAAUAAAAAGAGAUAAUUAAUUGAGGGUAUUUUCGGAAGAAAUCUAGACCAUCCCCGAGAAUGUCAGAUAACCUAAGGCAUGGAUGGUUAUAAGAUUCUCCUCCAUAUUACAUUCCCGGGAAUGUAACUUUUCCGAAUUUUGUCAAACCUGUGAACCAAACAUGAGCAUCUGAUAUACCAUGUAUCACAUUCCAGCCUUCAUGUUAGAUUACCCCAAACCAAACAGGCCCCAUAAGUCAAUCUACUUCUCUCAUUACUCACCCUUUCUAGGCAAAUGAGAACUCCACGUUUAGAAUUGACCUUAGUGAUGAUGUCCUCAGUCCUUAUAACUCCAGUAGCCUAUGCGUAGCCCAUGAAAUUUUACUAAAUGGGGAAUUCCUCAUCGUCAAAUCUAAAACCUCUCACAUACUCCAUAUCAUUUUCAUGCAUAAAACAUUAUAAUAAGGCACCUCCCUGUAAACUUUUGCCCGAUCAUCUUCAAAUUUGAAUUGGAUAUCCACCCAUCCUCUAGAGUGUGGAUCGAAGCAACUUAUAUCAGACCCCAUUAAGAUCAAGACAUGAAGAAGUUGUAUGAAUAUUAAGGCAUAAUGUAUAGACAAAACAGAAGUUGGAUGUACCAAAAACAUCGCGAUAACUAUGGAAUACGCAGUGAAUUUUUGAAUGGUGUUGAAGAUUUUAUUAAAUUUGCACAAGAACAGAAGAAUUAUAUGGAUGGAGAUAAAAUCAGAUGUCCAUGUACUAAGUGUAAAAAUCUUCAAUUUAAAGAUGUCGACCAAGUUGUGUGGGAUUUGUACGAAAAAGGUUUCGUUGCCAAUUAUUAUAAUUGGACUUCUCAUGGCGAACCUUUCGAUCCAUCACUUUUACCGCAAACAGUGGGUUCAUCUCGUAACGUCCCUACCGAGAUGAGUGGAUGGGGAGACUAUGAUCAAAUGACGUGGGAUCAAAGAAUGGCAUAUGAUGUAUACGGUGCUUCAACGAUGCAGUUUAACCCACCACAGCCAUUUAACGAUCUUCCCGAAGCUUCGACCUCGUAUCAACCCGAUGCGGAUGAAGAUCAGACCUUUUAUCAGUCUGCUGCGGAUGAGUAUCCGAAUUCUCAUGUUCCUCAUAUUGAAGACUUAGCUGAAAGAUUUCAAGAUGUUUUAAAAGCUGCUGAUCAGCCUCUGUAUGCUGAUUGUGAGGGAUACUCUCAGCUAUCCGCCGUUACAGAGUUGAUGAACAUUAAAUCUGAAUACAAUCUUCCUGAAUCUUGCAUGUCUAGGUUAUUGCAGUCAUUUGGAGGAAUGUUACCGCGUGACCAUAAUCUUCCUGAUUCAUAUUACAAAAUGAAACAAUUAAUGUCUCAGUUGGGGCUUCCUUGUAUAGAAAUUGAUGCGUGCCCAGAAGGAUGUAUGUUGUUCUGGAAGGAUGAUGUGGAACUUGAGACCUGCAAGUUCUGUGGUGGAGAGAGAUACAAGCAUGUUCCUCAUAGACGAAAAAAACCACGAAAAAGGUCUGCAUUGUCUAAAUUGUUUUACCUCCCUCUAGCUCCACGCCUGCAGAGGAUGUAUGCUUCAAAUGCUACUGCGAAACACAUGACGUGGCAUGUUGAGCACGAAACCAAAGAGGGUUUGAUAUCUCACCCUUCCGACUGUGAAGCUUGGAGACACUUUGACCGUUGUCAUCCUCAGUUUGCAAUGGAGCCACGGAAUGUGCGACUGGGAUUGUGUUCAGACGGAUUUGCUGCUUUUGGAAAGUUUGGGAAGAAAUUUUCAUGUUGGCCAGUCAUGUUAACUCCUUAUAAUCUUGCUCCCGACAUGUGCAUGAAAAGUCAUUUCAUCUUUUUAACUUUAAUUUGUCCAGGUCCCUCGGAUCCUAAAAAAAGGAUAGACAUCUAUCUCCAACCCCUGAUCGAGGAGAUGAAAGAACUUUGGGCCAUUGGGACACCAACUUAUGAUGUUUCGAGAGAUCAGAUGUUUAUCAUGAAAGCUGCCAUCAUUUGGACCAUUAGCGACUUCCCUGCUUAUGGUAUGCUUUCAGGAUGGAGCACACACGGUCUUAUGGGAUGUUCGAUAUGUAUGGAUCAAUCAGAGGCCAAUUGGCUCAAAUUUAGCGGGAAACCAAGUUACUUUGAUUGUCACCGCAAGUUUCUGCCUAUGAACCAUCGAUAUCGAAAGGGCAAGAAGUCUUUUAUUGCCGGAAGAGUGGUACGAGAUCCCCCUCCUCCGAGACUUACAGGUGAAAAAGUUUUUAACCGGGUUCGACGUUUUCCUACGGCCGUGCAGCAACCCCACGGGGAGCCAAAUGGGUAUUGUGAUACCCAUAAGUGGACAAAGAGGAGUAUAUUUUGGGAGUUGCCGUAUUGGAAGGACCUUCUCAUUCGUAACAAUUUAGAUGUCAUGCACGUUGAGAAGAACGUCUUUGACAAUAUAUUUAACACGGUUAUGGAUUUUACCCACAAAACCAAAGAUGGUCUUGCAUCUAGAAAAGACAUGACAAUUUGGUGCGACAGACCCGAACUCGCCGUCGAUCUAGAAUACGUGGGUAAAAAAAUUCCAAGAGCAGUCUACCAACUCACAUCCCCACAAAGGGAAUCAAUAUUAGAGUGGCUUGUUUCUCUGAACUUUCCAGAUGGCUAUUGUUCUAACUUGUCAAGAUGCGUGGACCUGGACAAACAAACAAUGACGUCGAGCAUGAAAACUCAUGAUGCUCAUGUAAUCAUGCAACGACUUCUGCCGAUUGCACUGAAAGAGAUGCUUCCUGCAGACGUCUGGGGCUGUAUUACCGAAAUCAAUCAAUUGUUUCAGUCGAUAUGUUCCGCCGUUUUGGAUGCCGAAUCCCUGAGGAGACUAGAAGACACUGUUCCUAUUCUGAUGUGUAAUCUGGAAAAGAUACUGCCCCCAUCAUUUUUUGAUGUAAUGGAACAUCUUCUAAUACAUCUUCCGUAUGAGGCUUUGAAUGGAGGGCCCGUCUUCUAUCGUUGGAUGUACAGAUUUGAAAGAUUUCUGGGAGAUUUGAAAAAGAAAGCGACCAACAAGGCACACAUUGAGGCUUCAAUUUGUCAAGCAUAUAUUCAACAAGAAACCUCAACGUUUUCAUCUUUUUAUUUUGAGCGUGAAUUAAUCAGUAAAAGAAAGAGACCUGCUCGGAACGAUGACAUUGGCGAGGAUUCAUAUGAUAAAGUAGUUUCUAUUUUCAACUACCCAGGUAGAGGUAAAGGAGCUGCGACUUACCGUUACAUCGUGGGCGGAGAAAUGAAAAUUGCACAUACUUACAUCCUCAUGAAUUGUCCAGAAAUCUUACCAUUUUAUAAUGAAUUUAGAGCGUCUUUAUCAGCAUUUCCUGAUGAUGCAAUUGAUGCAAUGGUGGACUCUGACUUUACAUUAUGGUACCAACAGCAGAUCAGGUACCGUGGGAUUAACGACCCUCUGUUAGUAUCAUUAUCGUGGGGCCCUUCUUCCUAUGCAAAGGUUUGGCAUUCAUAUGUGAUAAACGGUUAUACGUAUCACACAGUUGAAUAUGGAGAAGGUCGACCAACAAUGAACAGCGGGUUAUGUGUCCCGACCAUCGGUUCUGAUAACUCGGAAACCAAUUUUUUUGGUUUCUUGCAUGAGAUUCUCGAACUUCAAAUGCCUUCCCAUCGUUGGCAUUUUGCCCUAGACCAAGCGAUUCUCAAAGAAUACAAUUCUAGGAUUUCUGGGUGGUUGAGACCCACUUUUAGGACCGCCCGGUCUACGGGUAAAAAGCCAAAGUUCCUUGGCGAUGAUGUGUGGGAGAUGCUUUGCCGCCACUGGGCUACGGAUGCCUCAUUUUUGCUGAGAAGUGAAAUGGGCAAGGCAAACCGGGCUUCCGAGAAAGCCAAGGAAGUUCAAUGGCACGGGGGCCGCAAACCCCAAAGUCAACAUAAAAAAGAUCUGGAAGGAUCUGGACCCGUGAAAAAACGGGUCACGCCAUUGAAACUCAUGGCACAUUGCUGGACUAAGAAGGGUGCCAUGCCGCCUCCCUGCCUUUCUGAAAUUGAAAAAAAAUAUGAGGAAGAGCGGGGGAAGAGAGUUGAUGAGCUAGCUGAUUCUGAUGACGAACUUGAUGAAAAUCAAGAUGAUGAAGCCAUCUUGGCGGCAACCGGAGUUUACAAGGGUCGGGUGCCGUUUAUGGGUUCUGAAGGCGUACGGAUCCUCGAGAAGACCAAAGGAGCUAGCUCAUCUUCUCAUUCGGCAUAUGAUGAUCGGGUUACCCGCCUCGAGAAACUAUUGGAAGAACGUGAAGCCGAGGCUCGAAGGCGGGAUGAAGAAGCUCGGAUACGGGAUGAAGAGCAAAGAAGAACAAGAGAAAGGUUGGAAGAGAUGGAACGCCAAAUGCGUAUUUUCAACGCCACCUACCGUCCAUCCAUGCACAUACAGCACCCCGAGAUGACCCCACAAGUUCCCUUCGCGGGCAAUAUGGGCAAUAUGGGCAGUAUGGGUAGUAGGGGUUUUGCUAAUUAUAGCCACAUCUCCAACAACUUUCCAUAUGGAUAUUAUGACGAUAUCCCGACUCCCGGAGCUCAAGCUUACCGUGGCAGCAGCCGUGCUGGCAGCCGCAGUGGCAGUCGAGGCGGUCAUCGUGGUGGCAGCCGUGGCCACGGAAGGCAACCCGAUCAUCGUGACGAACCUGAUGAUGCUGAUGCUGAUGCUGAUGCUGAUUAUGAUGACCAUUGAUGGUUUGUAAUAAUUAGUUUAUUAACAUUUUAAGGAUUUUAAAAUUUUGAUGUGUUAAUGUAUGAAUA